AUUUCUCACUAAAACAUAUAGUGAUUACCAACACAACCAUGAAUUCUAGGAGGCUGAUUUAUGUUGUUGUGUGUUUCAAUCUGUGUGUGGCAUUUACAUUCACUCAUGCCUCAGCUGGUAAUGCUUCUAACUCCAACAAGUGUUGGUUCCCAGCAAUAUACAACUUUGGUGACUCAAAUUCAGACACUGGAGCUGUAUCUGCAGCAUUCACUGGGGUGCAGCCUCCUAAUGGCAUAAGCUUCUUUGGAAUUCUCUCAGGAAGAGCUUCUGAUGGCCGUCUCAUUAUAGAUUUUAUGACUGAAGAGUUGAAGCUACCUUACCUUAGUGCAUAUUUGAAUUCAAUUGGAUCCAAUUACAGGCAUGGUGCAAACUUUGCAACAGGAGGCUCAUCCAUUCGUCCUGGUGGUUUUAGUCCAUUCCAUCUUGGCCUUCAAGUGUCUCAGUUCAUACAGUUCAAGUCUCACACCAAGAUUCUCUUCAAUCAGCUUUCUGACAGCGGGAAAGAACCACCUUUCAAGAGUAGUCUUCCAAGGCCUGAGGACUUUUCCAAGGCCCUUUACACCUUUGAUAUUGGUCAAAAUGAUCUUGCCUUUGGUCUUCAGCACACUUCACAGGAACAAGUUAUAAAGUCAAUUCCUGAAAUCUUGAGCCAGUUCUUCCAAGCAGUGCAACAAGUAUACAAUGAAGGGGCAAGAGUGUUUUGGAUUCACAACGUAGGUCCAAUUGGAUGCUUGCCCUACAGUUACAUUUAUUAUGAGCCCAAGAAGGGUAACUUGGAUGCAAAUGGCUGUGUGAAACCUCAGAAUGAGCUUGCUCAGGAAUAUAACAGACAGCUCAAGGACCAAGUGUUUCAACUAAGGAGAAAGUUUCCACUAGCCAAAUUUACAUAUGUUGACGUGUACUCUGCCAAAUAUGAACUAAUUAGCAAUGCAAGGAACCAAGGUUUUGUAAGUCCAUUGGAGUUCUGCUGUGGCAGUUACUAUGGUUACCACAUAAAUUGUGGUAAGAGAGCCACAGUAAAUGGAACAGUUUAUGGCAAUCCAUGUCAAAAUCCUUCUCAACAUAUUAGCUGGGAUGGCAUACACUACUCUCAAGCAGCAAAUGAAUGGGCUGCUAAACACAUUCUCUACGGCUCCUUCUCUGAUCCACCAGUUCCAAUUGGGCAAGCAUGUUUCUGAGCAUCAUUCAUUCAAUUGAUGCAUUACUAGCUAGUCUCUUGAUAUGAUAUAGAGUACCAGAUAUUAUAUGAGUCUUCACGUUGUUUAUGUCACAUAAUUGAUGUUGUGAGAUAGCAAAUGUAACUUGAUUUUAAAUUGUGCUUUCACACAGUAAAGGCUCAAGUGCCCAUCACGUAGAGUAAAGGGACCCCUC